GUAACCCGUGAUCUCCACUCGCCAUACCGGAGGUCUCGCUCUCCAGAGGACUGGGAAGACUUCAAAAUUGGUGCUCCAUUGCAACUCAGGAGCGUCGUCGGAUUCGUGAGGCGGACUGGCUAUCGUCUCACGGGAGAUUCUUUUCUAAUGGAUCGCCUCCUACCUCACUGGAUUUCAGCCAGGGUUCGCGUUGAAGGCUCUAUAUCUCCCCUGUUCAAGAAAAUGAACCUCGGCACCCCUCAAGGAACGCCCUGGACUGCUAAUGAGACAAAAUACCUGGGUGUGUAUGUAACUCCCGCACACGCUGUCGAUCCCCUGAAGUCCCCUAUCUUCGGUGACAUAUGCCAUCGGGCGUCUCGGCCUCUCUACCAUGUGCAGGCCCUUGGUGCCACCAUCCCCGUAAUUUCACCAUAUCAUUUUCGAACUGUCAACGGCUUCAGCAACAAAUUCUGGGGCUGGGGAGGAGAAGACGAUGACAUGUCAAAUAGAUUAUUACACCAUGGCUUCUUCAUAUCUCGUUCCCCGAGAGAAACUGGUCGCUUCACCAUGUUGACUCACACGAAGGAGAAGCCCAGUGCAGAGAGGCUUCACUUCUUACAUGAUGGGAGCAAGAGAUUUAACACUGAUGGCAUCAACAGUAUCAAAUAUCAAGUCUUAGAUAUUCAGCGGCGUCGGCUGUACACUUGGAUCUAUGUGUAA